AGUCAGUCAGUCAGAGAGGAAACAAACAGGAGGGGAGGCGAGGAGGAGGAGGAGGAGGUGAGGCUGCUGCUGCUGCUGCUGCUGGAGGAGCCCACGUGUCUCUUUUCUCCUAGCUGUAGCCUUAGCCGCUGUUAAUGGAGGACUGGGGUGCUUGAGGAGCAUUACUCUGCUGCAGACCGCCACAGACGCCUGAAGCCACCCUACUCAAAUCUGGGACCAUGUCUGGAGGAUACGAUGAAUACGCCAGCCAGGAGGAGACUACAGACAGUUUCUGGGAGGUUGGGAACUACAAACGCACAGUGAAGCGGAUCGACGAUGGUCAUCGUCUCUGCAAUGACCUGAUGAACUGCAUCCAGGAGCGUGCCAAAAUCGAGAAGGCCUACGCACAGCAGCUGACUGAGUGGUCCAAGAGAUGGAGGCAGCUGGUAGACAAAGGGCCUCAGUAUGGCACAGUAGAGCGAGCCUGGAUGUCGGUGAUGACGGAGGCAGAGAAGGUGAGCGAGCUUCACCAAGACGUGAAGAACAACCUGAUCAACGAGGACUUUGAGAAGGUGAAGAACUGGCAGAAAGACUCGUACCACAAGCAAAUGAUGGGAGGAUUCAAGGAAACCAAAGAGGCAGAGGAAGGCUUUAAAAAAGCUCAGAAACCCUGGGCCAAAAAGCUGAAAGAGCUUGAGGCUGCCAAGAAGUCAUACCACAUGGCCUGCAAAGAGGAGAAGCUGGCUACCACCCGAGAGGCCAACAGUAAAGGAGAGAACUCUGUGACUGCUGACCAGCAGAAGAAACUCCACGAGAAAGUGGACAAAUGCAAACAGGAUUCACAGAAGGCGAAGGAGAAGUAUGACAAGGCUCUGGAUGAGCUCGAUAAGUGCACCCCUCAGUACAUGGAAAGCAUGGAGCUGGUGUUUGAGCAGUGCCAGCAGUUUGAAGAGAAGAGGCUGAGCUUCCUCAGGGAGGUGCUGCUGGAUGUCAAGCGCCACCUUAACCUCACACAGAACCAAAGUUACGCUACAGUAUACAGAGAACUUGAACACACCAUCGCAUCAGCCAGUCCACAAGAAGAUCUGAAGUGGUUCAGCAACACCCAUGGUCCUGGCAUGCAUAUGAACUGGCCACAGUUUGAGGAGUACAACCCAGACCUUACCCAUAGCAUCACUAAGAAAGACAAGUCAAAGAAAGCUGAUGGAGUCAUGUUGACUCAUGUCUCGACAGCAGGAGACAAUGCUCAAGCUGGAGACCAGGGGAGUUUAAGCAGCUACGAGAAGAACCAGGCGUACACGGCCUCCACAGAGUGGUCAGACGAGGACCAGACGGCUCCAAACUCAGGCAAUGACACCAACGGAGGGACGAACCCCUUUGAUGAAGACGUGGGCAAAGGUGUGAGAGUGAGAGCGCUGUACGACUAUGAAGGCCAAGAUCACGACGAGCUCAGCUUCAAAGCAGGGGAUGAGCUGACGAAGCUGGAGGAUGAGGACGAACAGGGCUGGUGUAAAGGUCGCCUCGACAACGGCCAGCUGGGUCUUUACCCAGCCAAUUAUGUGGAGCAAAUCUAGCUGUUCCAGCUGAGAACGCUUCGUCCUCAUCGGAGGACAAACCCAGACUGAACCGUCCAGUCAUACCUGCACAUUGCCAGAGACUUCAAAGCAAAGCUUCCUCCUCCUGUCAGGCACAGCGAGCUUUGUUCAUCUCAGCCUCAUCAGACUUCACUGAAAGAAGAUCUGUUCAGGAUCUCAUCACCUCCAGACACUGCAACUGAAGCAAAAUAUUUUACUCUCCUUUGUAUGUAGUCGUGAUAUCAGUUGUGAUGCUAACAUGCCAUACAGUACAUCGCUCAUCAUGAUAUUGAUAUGGUAUCGUCAGUUGUGCCUGGAUGGCGAGAAUGAGCUAUGCAUUGUGCAUUUCAUGUAUAUAUUUUUUCUUUUUUUUUUACAGUCUGGAUGCUUGUACAGUUUUUUUCCUCAUUGAAUACAGUGUUUUCUUCCUUAGUAUUUACAUAUUUAUCCAUAAAGAAAUUCUUUGACAUUUUGGAAAUAAAUUGCUUUCUGCCUGAGAGUUAGAUGACAAGAUUUUUGUCAUCUCGAGAGAGAAAUAUAAAGCUACAUUGGGCGGCUAGUUAGCUUGGCAUUACAUUUGAAAUGCGAGCAAGACUUUGUGCAAAAGUACCAUCUUCCUCCACCUUUUAAAGCUCACAUACACUACCAUUCAAAAGUUUGUUGUACUUAGAAAUGUCCUUAUUUUAAAAAAAAAAAAAAAAAACAGUUUCUUUUUCAUUGAAGAUACCAUUAUAUUAAUCGGAAAUACAGUCUAGACAUUGUUAAUGUACUAAAUGACUAUUCUAGGUGGAAACAGCUGAUUUUUAAUGGAAUAUCUCCAUAGAGGUACAGAGGAACAUUUCCAGCAACCAUCACUCCUGUGUUCUAAUGCUACAUUGUGUUAGCUAAUGGUGCUGAAAGGCUCAUUGAUGAUUAGAAAACCCUUGUGCAAUUAUGUAAGUACAUGAAGAAAAGUGUGAGUUUUCAUGGAAAACGUGAACUUGUCUGGAUGAUCCCAAACUUUUGAACAGUAGUGUGUGCACAAGGUAUGCUGAACACACAGGUCAUGAAUAAAAUUAAAGGUGCUUUAAAAAGCACUUUUUUUAAAAAUCAACAGCGGGAGCUACCGAAAGCUGCUUGUACUUGGAGUGAGUCAAGUGACGGCACAAAGGCCCCGUCAAGCCUCAGCUUGUGGAUUUUUGCGCAUUAAGAGACUUGAGCUGUUGAGUUGCUGCUUGGGACUUUAACACCCAUGUGGUCUGCACCCUAGUGACUCAGAUCAACCCGAUUUUAAGUUCGAGACCGUUUUGCAUUCAACUUGAAUUAAGCUAACUAUCUAGUCACUGUGUCUUAUUUAUAAGACACAUAGAAACAAUUUUCUCAUCUAACUCUUUACAAGAAAGCAAAAAACAGCAUAUUUUCCCAGAAUGUUGAAAUAUUCCUUUAUGCAUCAAGUCGUUUUUGUGCUCCACUCCACAGCAUGUCACUGAAUUAGCAUUUUGAAAUGAGAUAAAAGACUGUUCACCAUCAGGAAAAAAAAAACUCUCUCUCUCUGCCGAGCUUGUCUUUGAAAUGGAAAUCCGUGCUCUAGCAGACACUGAAAGGAUUGUUUACAUUAACCUCUUCUGUCCCACCCGUCUACAACACAGCGCCUGUUGUAACAUUUAUCUCCCAUUUAGUUUCUCCUUCUCUACACGUUAAUAACGUAGACGCCAUGAACAAAACCUGCCUAGAAAUACAAACCUGCAGCUGUUUUGUACAAGGAGCUUUGUUUCACAUCCAGGGUUUUAACUGAUUUGAUUUCUCCUGCAGUUAAUGAGACUUGUUUCCUAUGAGUGAAUGUCAGUAACUUGACAUUAUCAGCUCUCAGCUCUUCUCUCUUUGAUUUUGUGCAUGCUGAUGCUCCCACACACUGUUUACUGCUCUGAGCUGAACUGAUCCAGCGCAUGGUCUUAAUUUGUUUCAACCAAAUUGUUGAGUCUUGAUUGAAUUAAAACUCCUAUCAGGGUGAUGAUCUAUUUCACUGUGCACCAAAAAUGCAGACUAUUAUCAUGGCGUAUUUCUGCUUUAAUCAGAGAAUCAAACUCAAACUUCACACGAACAAAGCUUGGGGCCGCAUGUGGCAGUGCAGUAUGUGUUAUAUGAGAUUGGUUGGUUACUCCUGGUAACUGCACAUACUGCUCUUUUGUCAGUGAGGCAGGCAGGUGUUCUCUUACUGGUGCAGACAGAGAAAGCUACAAUGAGAAAAGCAGAAAGAGGAUCUGUCUCUGAAAUAUUGAUGAGACGGUUGCUUUUUCUGCUACAAGAACAAAAUGUAUUUUAGCAGGAUCCGGGAGGGAAACGUUUCUUGUUGCAGUGUUUAUGCCUCUGCAUGCUUCUUUUAAAAAGUGUCACUUUCGUUAGCACUGGAUUCAUUGUGGUGAAAUGUAUAUUGCCUUACCAAACUUCUACCACCCUGCCUUCCCAAAGACUCUCAACCACCACCUCUGACGACAUGAAAGAGAACUCGCCUCCACAGAAUCUGACUCCAGCUUAUCCAGAUCAGUUUACACCGACUCGACACGCAGACCCUCUUUGACUGAUAGAAUUUAAUAUAAAUUUAAAGACUUCAGCAUCUUAACUUUCUUAAUGUAUCUUCGACUGUAUCUGAAACAGAAUGGGACUGUUUACAAGUGUACUGUAAAAGUGCAGCAUCCACUGUGAACCUCCUGAAGGACGGAAAAUCGUAUUUAAAAAUGUUCAAACACUCCUUUCUUUUCUGUCUUGCUCUUGCUGGAAACAUUUAUCUGCAAUGUCAAGGAAAACUUUGAGAACUGGAGGGCUUUCUCUCUCUCUCUCUUUCUCUCUCUUACUCUCUCUCUCUCUUUUUCUUUUUCUAGCAUAGUGCUGUAAUUUCCAAACUGUAGUGCCUGUUCAUAUGCAUAAGCAAAAAUAAAAGAUGUCAUCAGAAAACUGAGGCGUA